GCUUGUGGAGGCUGUGGGGUGUGUUGGGGAAUGCGGUCGGUGCCAUGUUCCUGACGGCUCUGCUCCUCCGCAAUCGCAUCCCCGGCAGGCAGUGGAUCGGGAAGCACCGGCGGCCGCGGGCCGUGUCCUUCCAAGCGAAGCAGAACAUGAUCCGCCGGCUGGAGAUCGAGGCAGAGAACCAGUACUGGCUGAGCACGCCCUACCUGUCGGCGGAGCAGGAGUACGGCCACGCGGCGGAGCGCAGGGCGGCGGCCUUCGAGGCCAUCAGGGCGGCCAAAAUGGCCAAGUUCCCCCCGCACAGGUUCGUGGCGGACCAGCUCGACCAUCUAAACGUCACCAAGAAGUGGGUCUGAUCCGGAGCCACAGAUUCACAGGGCGGCCACCCACCUCCUGACCCGAUUCUGGAACCUCUGAAGAGCGCUCACUUGAUAGCUUUUGGUGCAGGCUUAGUGAACAGCAGACAUGAGUGUGUGGUCUGCAUGUGGGGUGUAUGGGGCUCCAAACUCUAUAGCCCAGGCUCUGGCGUAGUGUUUCCUUUCCAUUACCCUAAUAGGAAGAUACAGGUAUUUCCUAGGCCACAGAAGAUACAAAGUGUAUUUUGGAUGAAAGUCUCAAAAAAACAA